CUACGACUAUUUCAAUGCAUCACUGGCAUCCAACAUGGAUAAUUUCCCUCCAUCAAACGUUCUUAGCCUAAGCUUAGGCCCACUAAUGGAUUGUUGGAGCCCUUUUGGAGUUACGAUGAUGGACCACUUUUAUCUAGAAGCAACCAUUUGUACUACUAUUGUAGGGCUUUACCCCGAAGGGAGCCCUUCCAGAAAUUCUCGAAGGCCGGGGUCGAGCCCAGGCCUACGAGGGGGUUUGGAAAUAGUUUUCAACCAGCAAUAGACGCGCCUCGGUUAGAACCUCAUGAGCUGCGUCAUUGC